AUGCUGGAUCAACACGACUUGUUCACGGCUGACGGGAUCACUCGCGACUAUCACGAGCUGGCGCUCAUCACAUCACCUUGCCUUCAUGCGAUCUGGCUGGAAGACUACGAUGGCAAGCUUUCGCCGGAGCAGGAGAGCAACACCGCCUUAAUAGGACGUCAGCUAGAUACACUUGACCAAAUUCUCACGACAGAGGGCCUCGCACCCAAUUUGCGCGAGAUCCGCUUGGAUUAUAUCCAUGUUGACCAUAUACCCUCAUCAUACCUUCAACCCUGCCCCUAUUGCUCCAGCUGGCUUCCGGAAGAUAUAGGACCAAGGGGCGCCAGGAAGCAGCAAGUCGCCAUCCAACACUUGGAGCUGAGCUGCCGUAUUGACCCUCACAGAAUCAUGGGCUUUUAUAUCCAGCGCUGGGCUCAGCUUAUUGAUCUGAGCAGUCUUCAAACCCUUAUGCAUACGGCACCAGUGGCCCCAUUUGCUCUCAACAAAUUAUUAUCUUUGCACCUCCCAGCCCUGAAGACCCUAAGCUUUCGUUGUUGGAGGAGACCAGACGCGGUAUACUUCGAAAAGGUGAAGCGCUUCCUCGCGCGCUUGCCGCGCCUCCAGGCGCUUGCAAUUAGGGGCUGGGACUGGACAAAAGCUUCGCUCGCAGACGAUUUCAGCAGCACGUCUAAUGACGAUGAAGUCGGUCGAACUUGUCAUAGCACCGUCCGAUCACUCUGGCUCGACCAUCGCACAGAUAUGCAGGUACCCUUUGCGAGGGCAUCGCUCAUAUCACUUCCGAGAUUGCACGCCUGCGCGCACUAUAUCCUCGAAUCAACACCCUUUCCCUAUCGAUUCGGCGUUCCAAAGGUGACAGAGAUAAGGUCGCAAGAAACAAGGUUAUUAGUUCCACCUUCCCAUGACUAA